AUGGACAAGGACACCUACGCCGACGAAAAGCAGGUAGAUCCCGACUACCCAGUGGUUGCCGGUGACGAAGGUGAUGCCGGCCCCCUUGAAGGCUUCAGUGCCUUGAUUGCUGAAGACCACAAACAUGAGAUCAAGCUUCGGACUAUGUCCUGGCAGAAGGCUGCCUGGUUGCUUUGUGGCGAUCAGGUCUGUCUUGCCAUCAUGGCCCAAACAUGGUCGCUCUCUGUCCUUGGCUGGGUUCCUGGUAUCAUCACCAUGGUCGGUGCAGGUAUCCUCUUUUGGAUCACCUCCAUCACCAUGCACAAAUACAUCAUGAAAUAUCCUCAAAUCAAGGAUAUCUGUGAUUUCGGAUACUACGCCUUUGGCAGGAGUCGGAUCGCCUACGAGUGGACUGGAUUCAUGUUGCUCGCCAACAACAUCCUCCUCGUUGGCUUCCACGUCCUGACGGGAGCCAAGAUUCUCAAUACCCUAUCGAAUCACUCCCAAUGCACCGUUGUCUUCUCCAUCAUCAUCAUGCUCAUGGGCAUUGUUAUGUCAGUCCCCAGAACCUUACGCCAUGUGUCGUUCAUGUCAAUGUUCUCAGCCGCCUGUAUGGGAAUGGCAAUCCUCCUGUUCCUGAUUUUCUCGGGCAUCGAGGACCAUCCCGGCUACGGGUACUAUGGCACCUAUCCUGCUGCUGGCGAGGUCAGAACCUACCCCUUUCCUCUUCCUGGCACUACCUGGAUCAAUUGUCUAAAUGCCGUACUUAACAUUACAUUUUUAUGGGUGCCCCAAAUCCUCUUUCCAACCUUCAUAUCGGAGAUGGAGAAGCCACAAGAUUUCCCCAAGUCCCUGGCCGUUCUCACGGUUAUUUCGGCCUUUUUAUUCAUCUGUCCUCCGGCCAUUGGCUUCCACUACUUGGGCCAGUACUCGACCGCUCCGGCAUUUGGCAGCUUGGGGCCCACGUCUUAUAAGAAAGGCUCCUUCGCCUUCGUUAUUGUGCCGACGCUCGUUAUCGGCGUGAUUUACGCAAACGUGACGGCCAAGUUCAUCUACUUCCGAGUCAUGGGCAGGUCUCACCAUGCACACAGCAACACUGUCAUUGGAUGGGGUGUCUGGAUCCUGGUCAUGGCGGUCAUCUGGAUCCUCGCAUUCAUCUUCGCCGAAGUCAUCCCCAGUAUGGGAGACUUUCUCUCUCUCCUCGGAGCGGCUUUCGACUCAUUCUUUGGCUUCAUCUUCUUUGCAGUGGCGUAUUACCACUUGUAUAAAGGGAGACUGUUUCACGGUGUGUACAGAUCCAUCAUGACAGUCGUGCAUGUCUUUGUCAUGUUUGUCGGGCUGUUCUUGCUCGGACCAGGGCUCUAUGCUGCCGUCAAGGCCAUCAUCGCCGACUACUCGGGGACUACUACGCCUGCCUUCAGCUGUGCGGAUCUGUCCAUCUAA